UAAAGAAAAAACCCUUGAAUGAGUCGGUGAGUCCUAACUUUUGACUGGUACAGUAUAUUAUUUGGAUUUCUGUUACUAAGUUAAUCAUUUCCAAACUAUUGAUAUGGUUGUUUAAUCAAAGAAAAUGUAAUUUCCUGAUAAUUUUGUCUUGUGAUGCUGUAUUGAAAACAGACUUACAAAGUAGAGGACAAGAACGUGAGGAUGUUUGCUGAUGUGCAGCUACAUGACUGAACUACAGAAAGACUGACACGCUGGAGAAACAGAACCUCUUGACUGGUCUCACAGGAAACAGGACCAAUAGAAACAGAACCUCUUGACUGGCCUCACAGGAAACAGGACCAAUAGAAACAGAACCUCUUGACUGGCCUCACAGGAAACAGGACCAAUAGAAACAGAACCUCUUGACUGGCCUCACAGGAAACAGGACCAAUAGAAACAGAACCUCUUGACUGGUCUCACAGGAAACAGGACCAAUAGAAACAGAACCUCUUGACUGGUCUCACAGGAAACAGGACCAAUAGAAACAGAACCUCUUGACUGGCCUCACAGGAAACAGGACCAAUAGAAACAGAACCUCUUGACUGGCCUCACAGGAAACAGGACCAAUAGAAACAGAACCUCUUGACUGGCCUCACAGGAAACAGGACCAAUAGAAACAGAACCUCUUGACUGGCCUCACAGGAAACAGGACCAAUAGAAACAGAACCUCUUGACUGGUCUCACAGGAAACAGGACAAAUAGAAACAGAACCUCUUGACUGGCCUCACAGGAAACAGGACCAAUAGAAACAGAACCUCUUGACUGGCCUCACAGGAAACAGGACCAAUAGAAACAGAACCUCUUGACUGGUCUCACAGGAAACAGGACAAAUAGAAACAGAACCUCUUGACUGGCCUCACAGGAAACAGGACCAAUAGAAACAGAACCUCUUGACUGGUCUCACAGGAAACAGGACCAAUAGAAACAGAACCUCUUGACUGGUCUCACAGGAAACAGGACCAAUAGAAACAGAACCUCUUGACUGGUCUCACAGGAAACAGGACCAAUAGAAACAGAACCUCUUGACUGGUCUCACAGGAAACAGGACCAAUAGAAACAGAACCUCUUGACUGGCCUCACAGGAAACAGGACCAAUAGAAACAGAACCUCUUGACUGGUCUCACAGGAAACAGGACCAAUAGAAACAGAACCUCUUGACUGGCCUCACAGGAAACAGGACCAAUAGAAACAGAACCUCUUGACUGGCCUCACAGGAAACAGGACCAAUAGAAACAGAACCUUGACAUCAGACUCUACUGACGUCAGACCAGUCAUCUGACACGGCUCCCAAUUUAGACACAGUGACAAUAGGAAAUCACUGUACCAACAGUAAUACUGCUGUUCCUACAUGCUGUUCUGUUCCAACAUGCUGUUCUGUUCCAACAUGCUGUUCUGCUCCUACAUACUGUUCUGUUCCAACAUGCUGUUCUGCUCCUACAUACUGUUCUGCUCCAACAUGGUGUUCUGUUCCAACAUGCUGUUCUGCUCCUACAUACUGUUCUGUUCCAACAUGCUGUUCUGUUCCUACAUACUGUUCUGUUCCAACAUGCUGUUCUGCUCCUACAUACUGUUCUGCUCCAACAUGGUGUUCUGUUCCAACAUGCUGUUCUGCUCCUACAUACUGUUCUGUUCCAACAUGCUGUUCUGUUCCUACAUACUGUUCUGCUCCAACAUGCUGUUCUGUUCCAACAUGCUGUUCUGUUCCAACAUGCUGUUCUGUUCCUACAUGCUGUUCUGCUCCUACAUACUGUUCUGUUCCAACAUACUGUUCUGUUCCAACAUGCUGUUCUGUUCCAACAUGCUGUUCUGUUCCUACAUACUGUUCUGUUCCAACAUGCUGUUCCAACAUGCUGUUCUGCUCCAACAUGCUGUUCUGCUCCGACAUGCUGUUCUGUUCCUCCAUACUGUUCUGUUCCAACAUGCUGUUCUGCUCCGACAUGCUGUUCUGCUCAGACAUGCUGUUCUGUUCCUACAUGCUGUUCUGCUCAGACAUGCUGUUCUGCUCCGACAUGCUGUUCUGCUCCGACAUGCUGUUCUGCUCAGACAUGCUGUUCUGCUCCAACAUGCUGUUCUGCUCCUACAUGCUGUUCUGUUCCUACAUACUGUUCCAACAUGCUGUUCUGCUCCUACAUGCUGUUCUGUUCCUACAUGCUGUUCUGUUCCUACAUACUGUUCCAACAUGCUGUUCUGUUCCAACAUGCUGUUCUGCUCCUACAUGCUGUUCUGUUCCUACAUACUGUUCCAACAUGCUGUUCUGCUCCAACAUGCUGUUCUGUUCCUACAUACUGUUCCAACAUGCUGUUCUGCUCCAACAUGCUGUUCUGUUCCUACAUAGUGUUCCAACAUGCUGUUCUGCUCUGACAUGCUGUUCUGCUCUGACAUGCUGUUCUGCUCAGACAUGCUGUUCUGCUCAGACAUGCUGUUCUGCUCCGACAUGCUGUUCUGCUCCAACAUGCUGUUCUGCUCCUACAUGCUGUUCUGUUCCUACAUACUGUUCCAACAUGCUGUUCUGCUCCUACAUCAAAUCUAAUCAAAUGUAUUUAUAAAGCCCUUCGUACAUCAGCUGAUAUCUCAAAGUGCUGUACAGAAACCC